AAGUCUCGAGGAGGUGAAGGCGAUGUUAAAAAAACAGCAACUACAGAUAUGUGCUCUUACGCAUGCCGUAGAGUUUCAAGGCAUGCAAAUUUCAAGUUUGCGUGAACAGAUUCUGGCUCCCGAGUCGGGGAUGGCUCCCCAGGAGGCAAUGACGCCCACAACAGCCCCGGAGACCCCUCAGCGAGUUCAGCUGGGAAGUCAAGAUAUGGCGUUGGAGAUGUUGGAGGAGCCUGCACCUGUUUUGCAGAUGCAACCAGAAGCCAAGGCUGAGAUGUCGUUUAAGUUGAAACCUUCCGUGGGCACAUGGUUUCAGAGGCGACGGCUCCUCCAAGUUCCAAACGAGGAUCCCCCAGUGCCGCCGGCAGAUGCCGUGGAGGCUGAUAUGUCGUUUGAGUUGAAACCCUCCGUGGGCACAUGGUUUCAGAGGCGACGGCUCCUCCAAGUUCCAAACGAGGAUCCCCCAGUGCCGCCGGCAGAUGCCGUGGAGGCUGAUAUGUCGUUUGAGUUGAAACCCUCCGUGGGCACAUGGUUUCAGAGGCGACGGCUCCUCCAAGUUCCAAACGAGGAUCCCCCAGUGCCGCCGGCAGAUGCCGUGGAGGCUGAUAUGUCGUUUGAGUUGAAACCCUCCGUGGGCACAUGGUUUCAGAGGCGACGGCUCCUCCAAGUUCCAAACGAGGAUCCCCCAGUGCCGCCGGCAGAUGACGUGGAGGAUCCCCCAGUGCCGCCGGCAGACGACGUGGAGGAGCAACCGGAAUGGGAACAUGGAUGCUGGGACCAAGAAACACCCGAUCCACAGCCAGGAAGACAUGGCUGGCAAGAUGGGCGCAACCGCGGUGAUGAUAACGGGCAGUGGCCGCGGAAUGGAGAAGCACAGGCUUCUUGGGGCCACCAGCGUGCGUGGCCAGCAGCUGAAAGAAACAAAUGGUGGCAGCAGAACGGACAAGCACAGGAGGCACAGGCUUCCUGGGGUCACCAGCGUGCGUGGCCAGCAGCUGAAGGAAACAAAUCGUGGCAGCAGAACGGACAUGCACAGGAGGCACAGGCUUCCUGGGGUCACCAGCGUGCGUGGCAAGCCGCUAAAGGAAACAAAUCGUGGCAGCGGAACGGAGAAGCACAGGAGGCACAGGCUUCCUGGGGUCACCAGCGUGCGUGGCCAGCCGCUAAAGGAAACAAAUCGUGGUCCAACUGGAACUCGUGGGAGCAACGCCAAGAAUCCCCGGGAAGCAGCAAUUCGCAGCCAAGGGCGUACCCGGAUCCAAAUGAUCCCAAAUAUCAUGUCGACUGGGACGCAUUCGCCGCAGAGUGGCAAGAGCGCGAGCGUGCAGUCAACGCUCGGGCAUAGCAAUGUCAAAUUUUCAAUUGAUUUAAAGAACAAAUGUGGAAGAAACGAUUCCACAAGUGUUUUUUCUACUAGCGAAGCUUCCCCUGCAAAGAACGUCGGGAUGCACACAGAGAGCAGUAG